GCGGCGUGCUGCAGGAGUGGCAGGCGGCGUGGGGAGUGACGAUGGAGGGGUGGAAGGCGGGCAGCGACUGCGAUCUGGCCGCGCACACGCUCGAGUGCAGCGCGCAGGGCAGGGUGCUGGGCAUCCUCACCUCCUCUCUCCCCUAUUCUCCCCUUCUCCCGUUUCUCAUUUCUUACCCUCCCUCCCUGUUCCACCCUCCCUCCCUGUUCCACCCUCCCUCCCUCUUCCAUCGUCCCUCUCAUCGCCGCCACCGCUCUCCCUGGGUCGUCCUCUGUGCAGCGAUAUAAGUCGCAACAACAUCAGCGGGCCUAUCCCCGACUCCAUCAGUCAGCUCAAGGCUCUCGCUUACUUGUCAGUGCUGGAGCACGCAUGGGUGGGAAUGGGUUGGGGGGAAUGGGGGAAGUACAAGGAGGGAGUGGGGGAGGAGAGCAAAGGGGACGGCUUGCAUCCUCGCAUUCUCUUUCCAUAUUGUUAUAGCCCGCACACAGUGCUCGCUUACAACCCUCGCUCUUGCCCUCUUCCGCUCAACCCUCCCCGCCCCUCCCUGCCUGCCUCAUCCCCACCCCUCCCC